ACCAUUCAUUUGUCUUUUGAAUCAAAAUGCAUUUUGCUAUAUAACAUAUGUUUUUCUAUCUUUUGGCCAAUCAACGUUUUUUCUUCCUGUUUAGGUAUUGCUUCCCUUUUGGUCGACCAGAAGGUGCGAUUAAAGCUGCGCUUUCUUUGUUGGAGAGGUGCUGCUGUUCUCUUAAGAUAUCCCAGAAAACACAAGAUUCCUCUUGAAUAUGUCAUUAUUGAGGUUCUAUUUGGGGAAAUUUUCAAAUUACCUGUUUCAAACUAUCGUGAGGUCUGCUUAGAUUCACUUUUUCUUGAACUAUAUAAACUGCAACCUAGUACAAUGCCUCGAGUUCUAGCUCGAGCACUGGAAUUAAUUUAUAAAAGAUUAGAUACAAUGAGCAUUGGUUGUAUAAAUAGAUUUUCUAGUUGGUUUGCUUAUCAUUUAAGCAAUUUUCAGUUUUGUUGGAAUGGGGAUGACUGGAAUGAAUGUAUUAGUAUGAACCCUUUACAUCCAAAACCUGUGUUUGUUAGAGAAACCCUGAAUAAAGCUUUAAGGUAAAUUAAUCAACUAUUCAAUUUAAAUACAUAUUCAAGAUAAUGUUAACUGAUUCUAUUUGCAUCAAAAUCAUUCCUGCAAAAUUUUUUUAAAUUAAUUGCUUAGUUAUCUGUGUGGAAACAAGAUAAUAAUCUUUUAAAUUAUCUGGAAGUAGGAAAAUUCAGAACAAAAUGAUUCAAAAUGCAAAAAAUAUAU